UUUGUCAUUCAGUCAUUUUCUAAUACCGGUUGUUUCACACAGUUGUUUAUCUAUUUCAGUAAUAUUAUCAAUACGAGAUAUUCCAAAAGGUUGUUCAAAUAUCAUUGUAUUUGUGAUAAUACAAAUAUGUUUUGAAAUUAAAUGAAGAAAACUGAUAACAAUUGAAAUAAACUUUGUGCCAUUGACCCAACUGAACAGUGAGUAAUAAUAAACCGAAUAAGAUGGAUCAGCUUCCAGCGACAUUUGUGCAAGGAUUUCACGACGAGUCUAGUGUUCGAAAAAUGAAAUAUGUUUCAUUCGGUAAUACUGGAUUGAUGGUUUCUAAAAUAUCUUUGGGAACCGGAACUCUUAGUAAAUUCUAUGGUGAUCUAGUUGAAACGGAAGGGAUCAAAGCCGUCCAUUUAGCGUUGAAGAAAGGAAUAAACUACAUUGACACAGCCCCGUACUAUGGCCAAGGACGAUCGGAAGAAAUACUCGGUAAAGCUUUGAAGGAUGUGCCCCGUCGAGCGUAUUAUGUUGCUACGAAAGUCGGACGCUACGAAAUGGAAUAUGAUAAGAUGUUUGACUUCAGUGCCAAGAAGACCCGUGCAAGUGUCGAGAAUAGCCUUGCUUUGUUGGGAGUCGAGUCCAUUGAUGUUGUGCAGAUUCACGAUGUGGAGUUUGCUGCGGAUUUGAGCGUAAUCUGGAAUGGAACACUGCCAGCUUUGGAAACGCUGAAGGCUGAAGGAAAACUAAAACAUAUCGGAGUAUCAGCUUAUCCCAUGGAUGUUCUGAAAAGAGUUAUCUCCGGUGCUCCGGGACGAUUUGACAUUGUACUCUGCUACUGCCGCAACACUCUGAUCGAUGAUUCACUGAAGGAAUAUUUGAAAUUUUUCAAAUCUAAUAAUUUGGCUGUAGUGUGUGCCUCCGGUCACGGCAUGGGUUUGCUGACUAACGCAGGACCUCAACCGUGGCAUCCAGCACAUGAUCAGACGAAGCAAGUCUGUCGAGAAGCUGCUGAGUACUGCAAACAACACGAUGUCGAACUGGGGAAGCUCGCAAUGUAUCACUUUAUUCAACUUGAUGGACCUUCCACUUUUCUCAGUGGAAUGCAGAGCGAAGCACUGGUUAAUAUCAAUUUGGAAGCAUUUUUUGAUGGACUGACACCAAAGGAACUGGAUGUUUUGGAUUACCUGAGCAAAUGCAUUUUUCCCAAGAUAGUAGAGAAAAACUGGGAAGGAAUUGAAGUAAAACAAUACUGGAAUGCGAUGAAAUUGAUGCAUAAUUGAAA